UGAAGAAGCACUGCUGCCCGUCCGAGCAGCGGAGAAUCCCUAUUGGAUCUAUUUUAAAACACCAUUUUAUGUUUUCAGUUAAUGUGAAAAGAUUUUAAAUCUACUUUAUGACGCUACGUAUCGAGGUUUCUGGGAUCUUUUAUCUGUUCGUUUUUUGAAGGAUGUAUUAUUGAAAACCCUUCUGAAGAAGAGUUGGAACAAGAAAUGGGGAUUUACAGUAUUUGGAUAUUUUUAUCAUUUUUAUGUGUUGUACAACAUAUCGAUGGUCUCCGCUGUGUGGACUCAUACAGACCCUGUGAGAAUGGAGGAAUAUGUUCAAACUCAAAAUGCAUGUGCCGGCCCGGCUACAUCGGAAAUCUCUGCCAACACCUGGACCCGUGUCACCGCACGCCGUGCCUCAACGGAGCCGUCUGUAAGAGCCAGGUGGCCAACGGCAUCCCCCAGUACACCUGUGUGUGCCAGCGAGGAUUCCGAGGUCAAGACUGCUCCCUGAUUGAUGCCUGUGCCACCAGCCCCUGUGCCAACGGCGCUCGCUGCGUCAACUGGAACAACCACUACAACUGCUCGUGCCCGCCUGGCUACCAGGGCAAGAACUGCCGCAACGACAUCGACGAGUGCCGCAAGCCGGGCAAGUGCCUGAACGGCGGCGUUUGCCAGAACACGCACGGCUCCUACACCUGCCGCUGCCCACCGGGCUACAGUGGGCGCACGUGCGAGAUCGUCACCCUGCCCUGCGCACCCUCCCAGUGCCUCAACGGGGGCACAUGCCACCAGAUCAGCGACCAUGCCUAUGAGUGUGCCUGUCUGCCAGGCUUCGAAGGCCACAACUGUGAGACCAACGUGGAUGACUGCCCUGGGCACAAAUGCAUGAAUGGGGGUAUAUGCGUGGACGGGGUCAACACCUACAACUGCCAGUGCCCUCCAGAAUGGACAGGCCAGUACUGUGCCGAGGAUGUGAACGAGUGCCUGAUGCAGCCCAACGCCUGCCACAACGGCGGCACGUGCUUCAACACCAUCGGCGGCCACACCUGCGUGUGCGUCAACGGCUGGACCGGCGACGACUGCAGUGAGAACAUCGACGACUGUGCCACCGCUGUCUGCUUCAACGGUGCCACAUGCCAUGAUCGCGUUGCCUCCUUCUUCUGCGAGUGCCCAGUGGGCAAGACUGGUCUCCUGUGUCACCUGGAUGAUGCGUGUGUGAGCAACCCAUGUAACGAGGGAGCCGUGUGUGACACCAACCCCCUGAAUGGCCGAGCCAUCUGCACCUGCCCUGCCGGCUUUGUCGGUGGAGCCUGCAACCAGGACAUGGACGAGUGCUCUAUCGGUGCGAAUCCGUGCGAGCACUUUGGCAAGUGUGUGAACACGGAGGGCUCCUUCCAGUGCCAGUGCGGCCGCGGCUACACGGGGCCACGCUGCGAGAUCGACAUCAACGAGUGCCUGUCCAUGCCCUGCCAGAACGACGCCACCUGCCUCGACCGCAUCGGGGAGUUCACCUGUAUCUGCAUGCCAGGCUACACUGGGACAUACUGCGAGGUGGACCUGGACGAGUGCGAGAGCAACCCCUGCGUGAACGACGGCAUCUGCAGAGACAUGGUCAACGGCUUCUCCUGCACCUGCCAGCCAGGCUUCUCCGGCACCAUGUGUCAGAUCGACAUUGACGAGUGCGCCAGCACGCCCUGCCAGAACGGUGCCAAGUGCUUCGACCGGCCCAACGGAUACGAGUGCCGCUGCGCAGAAGGCUUCGAGGGGCCCCUGUGCGAGAGCAACAUCGAUAACUGCCGCCCCGACCCGUGCCACCACGGCACCUGCAUCGAUGGCAUCGCCACCUACACCUGCAACUGCGAGCCGGGCUACACGGGCUACCGUUGCGAGAACCAGCUCAACGAGUGCCACAGCAACCCCUGCCAGAACGGCGGCAAGUGUGUGGACCUGGUCAAUAAGUACAUCUGCCAGUGUCUGCACGGCACCUCUGGUGUUAACUGUGAGCUCAACUUUGAUGACUGUGCCAGCAACCCAUGUGAGUUUGGCAUGUGCAAGGAUGGCAUCAACCGCUACGACUGUGUCUGCAAGCCUGGCUUCACGGGCCCGAAGUGUAACUGUGGAGUGGGCCAGAACGGGCCGCGUAGCGGUGUGGACGAGGAGAACGGCUUCCACUGCCAGUGUCCCGAGGGCUUCCACGAGCCCUACUGCUACUCCAAGGUGGACGAGUGUGCCAGCAACCCCUGUGUCAAUGGAGCCUGCAGAGAAGACCCCAAUGGCUAUAGGUGUGACUGUGAGCCUGGAUGGGUGGGGAAGAACUGCGACCUGAACCGCAACGACUGCCUUCCCAGUCCGUGCCAGAACGCUGGCACCUGCAUAGACCAGCUCAACGGUUUCGUCUGCAAGUGCCGCCAGGGCUUCAAAGGUAAUCUGUGCCAAGUGAACAUCAACGAGUGCUCGUCGAGUCCGUGUCUGAACGGCGGCACCUGCGUGGAUGGCGUGGCCAGCUUCACCUGCCUCUGCGAGCUGCCCUACAGCGGGCCCACCUGUGCCGAGGUGCUCACGCCCUGCUCGCCCAACCCCUGCUCCAACCACGCCCAGUGCCUCCACACACCCGACUACCUGGGCUACCAGUGCAGCUGCCAGGCUGGGUGGCAAGGCCAGCUGUGUAAUGUGGAUGUGAAUGAGUGCUACCCCUCCAACCCCUGCAAGAACCGCGGCACCUGCACCAACACACUCGGGGCCUACGUGUGCUCCUGCCGUGCCGGCUUCACCGGGCCCAACUGCGAGACGGACAUCAACGACUGCUCACCCAGCCCCUGUCUGAAUGGAGGCUCGUGCACAGACGGCGUGAACAGCUUCCAGUGCAGCUGCCUGCCCGGCUUCACCGACACACGCUGCGCCGUGGAGGUGAACGAGUGCCAGAGCGCCCCCUGCAGGAAUGGAGGCACCUGCACUGACUACGUCAACAGCUACACAUGCACCUGCAAGCCUGGCUUCACGGGCAUCCACUGCGAGACCAACAUCCCUGACUGCACAGAGAGCUCCUGCUUCAACGGAGGCACCUGCACGGACAAGAUCAACGGUUACACCUGUACAUGCCGCCCAGGGUUCACCGGCUCGCACUGCCAGUACGAGGUGAACGAGUGUGACUCACAGCCGUGCCUCAACGGAGGCCUGUGCCAGGAUGCCCUCGAGUCCUUCCGCUGCUCCUGUCCCAAGGGCUACUCCGGUGGCAGGUGCCAGAGUGCUGUGGACUGGUGCCGUCGCUCCAACCCAUGCCAGAACGGCGGCCGCUGCCGUCAGAAGGACGCCACCUUCACCUGCGACUGUGUAAAUGGCUGGUCGGGCCGCUACUGCGACAUCCCUGGGGUGUCCUGCGAAGUGGCCGCCGCACAGAGAGGCUAUCAAACUGACGAGCUGUGUCACCAUGGUGGACACUGUGUCAACACCGGCAACACGCAUUACUGCAAAUGCCCAGACGACUAUAUGGGCAGCUACUGCGAGAGCCAGGUGGACCACUGUGAGGACAAGCCCUGCCGUAACGGCGCCACCUGCAGGGGCUAUGUGGGAGGAUACACAUGCGACUGCAUGCCAGGCUACCAUGGCGAGAACUGCGAGAUGGAGAUUAACGAGUGCCAGUCUCACCCGUGCCAGAACGGUGGCACCUGCAUCGAUCUGGUGGGCCAUUACAUCUGCUCUUGCCCACCUGGCACUUUGGGUGUGCUGUGUGAGAUCAACGAGGACGACUGCUCCAUGCCAGCCAGGCCUCGGGGCACCCCCAAGUGUCUGAACAACGGCACGUGCGUGGACCGUGUGGGUGGCUACAAGUGCAACUGCCCGCCCGGCUUCACCGGUGACCGCUGCGAGGGCGACAUCAACGAGUGCCUGUCCAACCCCUGCAACAUGGGCAACAGCCUGGACUGCAUCCAGCUGCCCAACGACUACCAGUGCAUCUGCAAGCCUGACUACACAGGUCGGCGGUGCCAGAACCGGUUCAGUGUGUGCGAAUCUCAGCCCUGUCAGAAUGGAGGCGCCUGCUCGGUCUCCAGCAAUACGGCCUCAGGAUACACAUGCACCUGUCAGCUGGGCUACACCGGUGCCAACUGUGAGCGCAGCAUGUCGUGCCGCGAGCUCUCCUGCUACAACGGCGGCAGCUGCACGCUGACCACACGCGGCGCCCGUUGCUCCUGCCUGCAGGGCUACGCCGGGCCGCAGUGCCAACACCGCAGCAACGAGGGCUGUUCGGCCCAGCCGUGCCGCAACGGCGGCCUCUGCACCGAGGAGACCUCCUUCCCCUACUUCCACUGCCAGUGCCAGCCGGGCUACUCCGGCAAGCGCUGCGAACAGCAGAUCGCCCAGAUCCCGUCUCCCAAGACGCUGCCGCCGCCGCCCGCCUGCCCGCUGGCCGACUGCCCGGGCAAGGCCAACGACGGCGUGUGCGACAAGGAGUGCAACACCUUCGCUUGCCGCUGGGACAGCGGCGACUGCUCGCUGGCGGCCAACCCGUGGGCCAAGUGCGCCGACCCGCACUGCUGGCGCGUCUUCAACAAUAGCCAGUGCGACGAGAGCUGCAACAACGCCGACUGCCUCUACGACAACUUCGACUGCCGCAGCAAGGAGAAGGUUUGCAAUCCGAUCUAUGAGACGUACUGCAUUGACCACUUUGCCGACGGCCGCUGCGACCAGGGCUGCAACACGGAGGAGUGCGGCUGGGACGGCCUGGACUGUGCGCAGAAGGUGCCUGAGAACCUGGCGGAAGGCGUGCUGGUCAUCACGGUCCUGCUGCCGCCCGAGGAGCUGCUGCGCACAGGCACGGCCUUCCUGCAGAAGCUCAGCGCCAUCCUGCGCACCAGCCUGCGCUUCCACCUGGACCACAACGGCGAGGCCAUGAUCAAGCCCUACAUGCGCCGCCUCAAGAAGCGCGAGCUGCAGCCGCAGCAGGAGGUCAUCGGAUCUAUCGUGUAUCUGGAGAUCGACAACCGGCUGUGCUCCCAGGGCUCCGAGGACUGCUUCCCCACGGCCGACACAGCGGCGGAGUACCUGGGCGCCCUGCACGCCACCGAGAUGCUGCGCUUCCCCUACCCCAUCCAAGAAGUCCGCAGUGAGCAGCUGCCGCCGGGGCCGAUCGACGUGCCCGAGUGGGGCAAGCUGCUGCUGGUGGGUGUGGCGGCGCUCUUCCUGAUGGUCAUCCUGUUGCUGGGCAUGCUGAUCGCGCGGCGCAAGCGGGAGCACAGCACGCUCUGGUUCCCCGAGGGCUUCUUCCUCAAGAAGGAGGCCAGCAGCAACAAGAACCGCCGCGAGCCUGUGGGCCAGGACGCUCUGGGCAUGAAACACAUGCCUAAGACGGUGGAGGAGUCUCUUCUUGGUGACCACAGUGACCAGUGGAUUGACACAGACUGCCCCGAGGCCAAGAGAUUGAAGGUGGAGGAGCCCAGCAUGAUGUCGGACAGUGACGACCCAGUGGACUCCCGACAGUGGACACAGCACCAUCUGGCCGCCGCCGACAUCCGCAUGCCCACCUCUAUGGCGCUCACGCCUCCCCAGGGAGAGUUCGACAGCGACUGCAUGGACGUUAAUGUCCGAGGACCUGACGGCUUCACCCCGCUCAUGCUGGCGUCGUUCUGUGGCGGCCUGGAACCCGAGGUGGCAGAGGAGGAGGAGGAAGAGUCGUCGGCCAACAUCAUCUCGGACCUCAUCUACCAGGGCGCCUCACUGGCCGCCCAGACGGACCGCACCGGCGAGACGGCCCUGCACCUGGCUGCCCGUUACGCCCGUGCUGACGCCGCUAAGAGGCUGCUGGACGCCGGAGCGGAUGCUAAUGCACAGGACAACACCGGACGCACGCCGCUGCACGCAGCUGUGGCUGCUGAUGCCCAAGGAGUAUUCCAGAUCCUGAUCCGUAACCGUGCCACUGACCUGGACGCCCGCAUGUACGACGGCUCCACUGCCCUCAUCCUGGCUGCCCGCCUGGCAGUGGAGGGCAUGGUGGAGGAGCUCAUCACAUGCCACGCCGAUGUCAAUGCCGUCGACGAGCUGGGUAAAUCUGCCCUGCACUGGGCUGCUGCGGUCAAUAACGUGGAGGCCACCAUGGCCUUGCUGAAGAACGGAGCCAACAAAGAUAUGCAAGAUCUGAAGGAGGAGACUCCUCUGUUCCUGGCGGCGCGUGAGGGCAGCUGUGAGGCGGUCAAGGUGCUCCUGGCCCACUUCGCCAACCGCGAGAUCACCGACCACAUGGACCGGCUGCCGCGCGACAUCGCCCAGGAGCGCAUGCACCACGACAUCGUCCAGCUGCUGGACGAGUACAACACGGUACGCAGCCCGCAGGGCCACAGCGCCGCUGCCCACCACCUGGCGGCGGCCGCCGCCGCGGGUCACACGCUCUCGCCACUCAUGUGCCCACCGAGCAGCUUCAUGUCCGGCCUCAAGACCACGCCGCAGGGCAAGAAGAGCCGGCGCCCAGGCGCCAAGGGCUCAGGCGGCAUGGCCGGCCAGCACGGCGGCGGCAUCAGCCUGAAGGAGUCGGCCAAGGCGCGCAACAAGAAGCUGACGCUGGACAUGCAGAGCGCACUGCUGGAGAGCUCGGUGACUCUGUCGCCGGUCGACUCGCUGGACUCGCCGCACGGCGGCGCCAGCAACGCCGGCUACAUGACCAACCCCACCUCGCCGGUGGCCAUGCCCUCGCCGGGCAUGUUCCACACGUCCAUGUCGGUGCCCGGCACGCCCAUGGUGCACGCCGGCAUGCUGGACGGCAGCGGCGGGCCCUUCGCCGUCUCCCUGGCGCAGCUGAACGACCUGAGCGGCGGAGGUGCCGACGGCGGGCUCUCCAUGCAGGCCCGCGUCUCCAUGGCGUCGGCGGUGGCGGCGGCCAACCAGCACAGCUACGUGCUGAACUCGGGCCAGCUGGGCAUGAGCAUGGGCAUGGUGAACCCCGUGAGCGUGCCCUUCGACUGGCACAGCCGCAUGACGCCCUCCUCGCAGUGCGGCCCGGUGGUCAGCAUGGUGCACCCCGUCAGCAGUCAGGCCAGCCUGAUGCCGCCCACGCCCACCAUGCCCCAGGGCGGCCUGCUCAUGCACCAGCCCAUGUUCCGCGGCGGUCAGCCCACCAUGCUGCAGCCCACGCUCGUCUCCUCCACCCCCACCAGCAUCAGCCCCGUCAAGCUGGCCUCCAUCGCCGAGCAACAGCAGCCGCAGCAGCUCCACAGCCACUCCCUGGCACGCAUGGGCACCUCCUCCCCUCCCACCCCCCAGCAGAGCCAGCCCCCACCGGCCUUCUACCAGCAGGCUCCGCAGCAGCCCCAGCAGGCCCCCCAGCCCACACAGGCCCAGGCAGCAGCAGCAGCGGCGGCGGCCCAGCCCGGAGGCAGCGGUACGGAGGACUACCCGACGCCGCCCUCGCAGCACAGCUACACCUCCGCCAUGGAUGCCACGCCUAAGCAUUACCUGCACCUGCCCAGCGAGCACCCCUACCUGACCCCCUCGCCAGAGUCGCCUGAGCCCUGGUCCAGCCCCUCCCCGCAGUGCGUGUCCGACUGGUCCGAGUCCACCCCGAGUCCGGCCGUGUCGGGCCCAGCGCAGACCCAGAUCCCCCACGUCCAGGAGUCCAACGGGAAGAUGCAGGUGUUCGCGUGAGGAGAGACCCCCCCGCCGUCGCAACUUCGACACAUUCCCAUCCCCGACCCCCCCCUUUCCCCCCCCCCAUCGCCUGAAAGUACCAGAGCCACCGAGAAUCGAAGGGAGCUCUGGUGAUGGCUCUGGUUUCAUUUUUUUAUGGGUCAGCCAGUUUCCAAGAUUUUGAAUUGGGAUCCGGAUUGACUGUGUCGCGUCAAGAAGACCGUCUGCUGAUAUUGCGUGCAGAGAUAAACAAAAAGAGUAAAGGGAAAAAUUGUUGUUGUUAUUGUUGUCUUAAAAGAAAAGACAAUAUGAUGAAGUAAGACUUAUUCUGUCUCAGAUGGACUUGUUUUUUUAUUAUAAAAAAGUAUAUGAAGAAAGCCACGUCUUUUAUUUCAAAGACUUGGGGGACACUUUCCUGAAACUAACAAACUUUAAGUAGAGUAAGAGAAAAAGCAAAUGUUGAAGGAAAUUCCUUUCUUUUUUAUUUAUUGUUUUCUUGUGUUCCUCCUUUUUAAGAAGAAGAAACUGCCUGGUGGGGCGUUCUCUCCCUCUCUCUCUAUUUGUCCCAGACGAAUGGUCACUCCACGGUCCAGAUUUGUUACUUUUCACCGCCUCUGCGGAGGCACUGCGGUUAUUCUCUAGUGUUACGUAAGGUCCGGUACACUUUCAUGUUGUUUUGAAAAAUGAAACCAGAAUAUGAGGAUGUAGUCCUCCUUAAGGUGAUUUAUUAUUUUGUCCAUUUUUGUUUUUCUCAUUCAUGUCAUGUUUUCAGUCAGUACGGCAGGUUUGUUUCUAAUUCUAUGGCCUGUACUAAUUCAUGAAGCAGAAGUGGCCAGUAUUGAUUACGUUGGGCGUUUUUGUUCAUUUUCCUAGACACAAACUGCAGCUGACUCACCCCUCAACGAACAUAUUAUCCACCUUAUUCCAGUCUUGUGAAGUCCCACAGAGGUGGGAUGGGUUAAGUGGCCUUGGGUCAUAGACUGAUCGAGAGAGAGCACUCACUUUUUGUUAUUUAUUUUGGCCACAUAAAAACUGAUUGGCACUACAAAAAAAAACUACAAAAAUGGCGUAUGCUAGGUAACUGUCACUGAUUACAAAUUAUUUUGAACAAAAAAAAUUAUCUUUAGUUUAAACCAUUUCUUUAGGUAUGUGUUACGUGUAAGAAUGUAUUGGGGCAUCUCUGAAGCACUUGUCGGGACGAACAUGAGAGCGGCGAUAGUGAGCUGGGCUCUCCCUUCUUGCAGUAAAACCAGUGACCACAUCACUCUCCAGGUCAACCGUCAGAGGAAAGCCAGGUGUGAUGCAAUGAGAUGUCCCUCUCCAACAGCCCCUCUGUCUUAUCCUCUCAUGGCUCUGACAGUCCUGGGCUCCAGUACCAGAGUUGGCCUUUAGUAUUCAGCAUAAAUAUUUAUGACCGCAUAGACAAGCAUAUUUUUUUGCCACUAAAUCAGCCUAAAUCACUGCCUUUUAUAGUUCUCUGUUUUUGUUAUUCAUUUCUUUUAUUUGUUUUUAUUACAAUGAUUUUUAUCUUUACUGAAAACAUGGUUACUAAGCUAUUUUUUUCUUGUUUUUUUUUCUAUUGGCUGCUGCUCGCUGUCACUCUUAAGUGUGACACCCGUGUGUCUUCUGAAAACAUUACUGCUUCCUCCUUUCUCCUGCCCCCAUCCCCCAUCCCCCGCUCGUGUAGAGCUGCAGUGUAUGCUGCUACCCAAACUCGCACUGUGCCUGUCCCCUCUUCCCAGUGCUUCCUCUCGUACCCUCAGAGAGACUUACUGGCCUCUCCACCUCCCACCAGAUCAAUUUUCUAAUGUCUGUUUUUGACGCAAUUUCUGAUGCCUCCUUCUCCGACCAACGUAGAUGACCAACGCACAUGUGAGGGCACAAUAAAUAAAUAAAAAAAAUAGUUUUGUUUUUCCUCCCUUCCACCUCCAGGAGUUUUGAGAGG